GAGACCCCAGGCGACAUGGCCCCCAAGAAGGAUGUCCCCGUGAAGCGGCCAGUAGCCCCACCUGCCAAACCAGCCGCUAAACCAGUCGGGGCAAAGCCAGGCUUCCUGGCAGCUAAAGGCAAAGCGCCAGAAGCAGCACCACCAGCACCGGCACCAGCACCAGCACCAGAGAAGCCCAAGGAGCCACCCAUCGACCUCUCCAAAGUGGUGAUUGAAUUCACCAAAGAGCAGUUGGAAGAUUAUAAGGAGGCCUUCGGGCUCUUUGAUCGGGUCGGCGAUGGCAAAAUCCAGCUAAGCCAGUGUGGAGAUGUGAUGAGGGCACUGGGCCAGAAUCCUACUAAUGCUGAAAUCCGGAAAGUCCUGGGACAUCCGAAGCCUGACGAGCUGAAUUCUAAAAGGGUGGAGUUUGAAGAGUUCCUGCCAAUGCUGCAGACAAUUGCCAAGAACAAAGAUCAAGGCACCUACGAGGAUUACGUGGAGGGGCUCAGAGUCUUCGACAAGGAGGGGAACGGCACCGUAAUGGGGGCAGAAUUGCGCCAUGUCCUUUCCACACUGGGUGAGAAAAUGACAGAAGAAGAAGUGGAUUCUCUAUUAUCAGGUCAUGAAGAUGCUAAUGGUUGCAUUAAUUAUGAAGCAUUUGUCAAACAUAUCAUGGCAACCUGA